UGACCAUAUAUUAAACCCUAGUUAACGUAAUGUUCAUGCUCUGGUAUUUGUUCUGUUAAGCUGUCGGCUCUGCGGCAUAUUUUGUUCUUAGGGUUAGGGAUUGGGCUUUUUAAAAAAACUACAGAGAUUUUUAUUUCAUUUCCAAUCCCUCUAUCAUGUGAUUCGAACAUUCGAUAGGCUGUCAAUCAGGUCUUUUGUUCCUGCGUGCAAAAAGAGAGGGGUUUCAAGAGGUCUGGUACGAGUCGGAUGCGGUACAGAUGGUACUAAGUGUUGGUUUUGAUGUUUUUGCUUAAAGGAAGAUAAUGGGCUUUCGGUGUUUUGCUGAAGGAGAAUGAUGGGUUGAAAAUUUGGUUGAGUUGGACAUAGGGGGUUGUGAGAACCCUUAUUAUAAUGGUAAUGUGAUUGAGGAGAAAAGGAAGGGUUUGCUUGUGGUUGUGGGUGUGAAUUUUGUCGCUUUAACCGUAUACCAAAUUUGAAAAUCACGGCGUUUGGAGAACUCAGGUGGAGACUAUGCUUCCGGGUGGAAGUGAGGGUUUUUUUGCAGUUGAACCGGUGAAUUUUUGAAAGCGUUGUUUAGUAAACGAAAGGCAGAAAGGCUCCGUGGAUUGGUCGGAAAUUCGGGUUUUCAUUAGAUAAAACGUUAAUUCUUUAUUGGGACAGGUUUCUCUGGCAAUUUUCGUAGGAUACAUUUGACUUGAGUGGAACAAUCUAUUUUUGGGCUAUAUCUUUCUCCCCCCUUUGGCGUUACUUUUGAGAAGAUAGUAAUAAUGCAGACAGAGGCUGCUGCUGAAGGGGCCUUUCAUUCUGCCUCUGCAGGCAGGGUAGGAGUUGUGCUGGAGGCAGGGGUCACUUCUCCUCAAAGGGCACAGUUAACGACAGGAUCAGCUGGGUCACUGAAUAGUGCAGAGCAAUUACAGCAUGGUGGGGUGGAUAGAGGGGUAAAGAAGUAUGUUCAGCAAUCCGUACAACAUUCACAGAUUGGGACGAUAUCGCAGCUUUUAGCAGGGGGGGUGGCUGGUGCUGUGAGCAAAACCUGCACUGCUCCAUUGGCUCGGCUCACCAUUCUCUUUCAGGUCCAAGGUAUGCACAAUGAUGGUUCAACCUUGCGUAAAGCGAGUAUUGUUCGAGAAGCAUCACGGAUCGUUUCUGAAGAGGGUGUAAGAGCAUUUUGGAAGGGAAAUCUGGUUACAAUCGCCCAUCGACUCCCUUACUCAUCUAUUAGUUUUUAUGCAUAUGAACGGUACAAGAAGAUCAUGCAUUCAUUGCCUUUUAUGGAGAGAUAUAAAGAGAAUAUUAGUACAGACCUUGGCAUUCGUCUAUUAGGUGGUGGUGCAGCAGGAGUAACAGCUGCAACUUUCACAUAUCCGUUAGAUCUUGUAAGGACUCGAUUGGCAGCACAGACAAAAGUAAUGUACUACAAAGGCAUCACACAUGCCCUCUACACCAUUUCAAGGGAGGAAGGCAUCAAAGGGUUAUACAAAGGCCUUGGAGCAACUUUAUUGGGGGUCGGACCUAAUAUAGCAAUUAGUUUCUGUGCCUAUGAGACUCUUAGAUCCUUUUGGGAGUUUGAAAGGCCUCAUGAUUCUCCCGUGGCAGUUAGCUUGGCGUGUGGCAGCCUUUCAGGCAUUGCCUCAUCAACAGCUACAUUUCCACUCGAUUUGGUCAGGAGGAGAAUGCAACUGGAAGGUGCAGGAGGGCGUGCACGUGUAUACAAUUCAGGAAUUUUAGGCACAUUCAAGCACAUAAUCAAGACAGAGGGAUGGGCUGGUUUAUACAGAGGAAUUCUUCCAGAGUAUUUAAAAGUUAUUCCUAGUGUUGGUAUUGUGUUUAUGACCUAUGAAAUCAUGAAGACGGUUCUUUCUCGAAGGCCUUCAGAGGAAUAGAGUUUUCCAAGCUGGUUUCCUGUUCUAUUCAUUUCAAAGAGAAUUAUUGCAUGUCGUCUAAUCUUUUUAACUAUCUACUUUUGGGACAUAUAAAGUAUACCGGAGAUUGUAUUUGAAAUAUUCACAUAUAAGGAUUUAUUCAUUGGGAAAAAAUGGUAUUUCUAUUAUACAGAGUAAAGCAACCUGACCGACAAGCUUCUACUUUUAUUCAUUGUCUGUGAACGUGGUAAGCUACUAAAUUGGCACAAGAAGUUGCUCCAAGAAAAGCGAAUAAGUUAUUGGCUGUUUGAUGACAGCCAAAUGAAUUUUACUCGCAGGAUGGACACACAUUGUGUAUGCCAAAUUUGGGAUGAUUCCAUUUCAAGCAAAAUUCAGCCAUUGCCUCAUGCUUGAAGCAAAGGGAACACACUGCAGACCUGGUUAAGUUCAGAUAUUCAGCAGAGAGUGUAAUUCUAGGUUGGAUUUACAGUAUAAAGUUUUGACUUUUCAGAUUAAGAAGAUACUCAACACUAAUAGCUCCAUCUUUAUUUGUAGGAACAGACUAUACUUUGUACACUGAUUUUGUAAUAGAACAAUGCAGCUAUAAAAAAGUAGGGCAGAAACACAACCGACAAAUUGUAUUCUUUUUGGAAAACUCUUGUAGUCAUACGGCAUCUAAGUUGUAAGUUCUGAGUUUUUGGCGAUACUAUUUUUAGUAUAUAAAGAAUUUGUUAAGGUGAAAA